UCAAGCUCCGACCAAGAUAAAACCGAACGAUCCACCACGCUGCCUUCAGUUUAUUUCGAACGCUCUUACCGAAAGCUCACCCACAAAAAUCACUCACAAACACAUUGUUUUGUCAAUCUCCAUCUGAAAAGACAAAAUAAUAAACGAGUUUCGAGAGAUUCUCACAUUUUGUGAAAAAGAUUUCCGAAUCGUCGCGGGAAAGAGAAAAAAAAGUUCUUCGAUUGUUGGUUCGACAAGUGAAACCGCCGAGAGUGCUAUCUUGUGACUGUAAAAAACACUUUUUCGAAAGACAUUCGCGCAUUCGUCCGUCAAAUUUUGUUUGGAAAAAAAUGGAGAUGACGCGUCGAUCUGGGACCAUGAGAAGUUGGACACCGGUCAUCAUCCUCGUGGCUUGCUGUUUCGCCACCAGGAUCAACGCUUCCUCUAUACCGAUUUGGGAAAACCUUGCCAAAAAACAAAAAAUGAGCUAUUUGUACAACAUAUUCUCGAGACAAGUCGCGAAAUAUUGUGCAGACUCUUCGUCGCCGGACUGCAACAAAAAUUUGUUGAUUUCGGGAGUAAGAAAUUUGGUGAAUCUCGACGAGAUCGAUUUGGACCGAAUGGACCCUUACCAGCGCGACGCCGAUGACAUAAUUUGGCGCGCGAUGAUGAAGGACGUCAGAGUUCCGGCCAAAUACAGCCACGAGGAUUCUUACGACUUGGGCAAAGAAGAUCCGCUCGCUACGAGUGAAAGUGACGACAAUGGUUUGGGAGAAGAAUCAGCGAGGAUAAACGACUAUGCGAGGCCUUCGGACAAAAGCGGUCCUUAUUUGGUCGGGCCAAUGGUGAUCCGCGUCUUCCCAGACGGACGUCCGGUGCCUGAAGACGCGAAAAAACCGUUGCCCCGUGACGAGGACGUCGAGGAGAUGAAGUACUCGAAGAUACCAUCGAUCUCGGAAAUCGAGGCAAACAAUAACAGAGCUUUCUUCAACCUACCGAACGCUCUGAAUGUUUACACGCCGGACAAGUCCCUCCGUCGAGCGAAUCCCACCACGGCAAACAAUAAUAACCUCUAUUACCGUCGCUACAACACAAUCUACCGGGAUCGUCGUAUGCCGGAGGUUGGCAACAGCGCUCGCAUCGUUCGUUUCUACUAAAAACGCAGGAAAAUACGAUCCACCGGAAAAAAAAUGACGAUACGUUACUCGAGAAGUAAAGGAGAAAAAAAAAGUUCAACGUCAUUUGGAGAUACAAUUUUUCUCUAAUGGAUCUCGUAUGCGUCUUCCAAGAUGAAAAAAGAUACGCAGCACAUCGAUCUUUCCGGGCGGAAUACUACGUUUUAUCAUUCAUCCUUAUUUAUUAUUUGUUUACCGAUACAGUUAUUCAUCAGAGAUGCUUUUAACGAAAGCAGAAUAUUUCACCUCAUUUGCCUUGUAAAUAAUGUCGCCUGUUUUUCAAUUCAUCUUAUACCAUUCUCAUUUAUUCAUCCCAUCGGUUUAUUCGAUAUUUAUUAAUAUUAAUUGUGUACGUGUGAUAAUAAUGCGUUGAGGCUCGUUACCCGUUCGAUAAUACCUCCAUCGUUUUUAUAUUAUUUAUCAUUUUUUGUUUUGUUCAUUCACUCCUGCUUUGCAAUGAAAACGAUUGUGAUAAACGAACGGAGAUUCGUGGAAAGAAAGAAGCGGAGUUUCUUUCGUUUCUUUCUCUCUCGUGUACAACGGUUAUCUAUCGACUUGCGAGUGUACGAACGUAAACGUACGUUUUGUUUUUCUCUUGUGAUAAAUUAUUUUGAGACUAUUUGUCGACGAAUUCUUCAUUGUUAUAAUGUGAAAUUGAAAAAUCACAGUUUCGUAUGUCAUAUUGAUAAUACUUGAUUGGUAGUUCAUGUGAACAAGAUUUUAUUGUGUCUAAAUAUUUUUAAUGUAUUAAUUGUACAAGGAGUUGCACUCUCACUCCUCUUCGACACUCUCUAAUUCAAACAAAGUACUGUAUUAUUAGCUUUUAGCACUUUCAUCCAUUGUACAUACCGUUUAAACUGUUAAUUGAGGUUACAACAAUUCCAAGAGACAAUUUCCGUUGUAAGUUAUUGCAAUGAACUAUGUUUUGUAAAAACGAUUUUUUAUACUUUGGGCAAUUCAUUUUUGUCUGGUAAUAAAAAUUUGGUUUGACAGAA